AGUGGUCCCAAAGAAGAGAAAGAGAAGCCAUUUCAUUGGUUCGGUAUUCUCUUUAACAUCUUACUCUCUCUACUACUCUGGUCUUCAGCAAAAUCUGAAAAGACAAGUAAAAUAUAUUGAUGUCUCUUCAACGACCCAAUGGGAACUCGAGUUCCUCUUCUUCCCCCAAGAAGCACAAAACUGAGGAGAGUGACGAGGAGGAGUUGUUGAUGGCUCUUGACAUGGAAGCAGCUGGAUCAACAGGUGUUCUAAGCAGCAACGCCGACGACGGAGUCAACAAACCGGAGAUUGACCAGACCCAAAACGUAACUUCAACCGCCAAGCGGGGCCGUAGACGAGACCCAGUCGAUAAAGAAUACAGAAGACACAAGCGAUUGUUGAGAAAUAGGGUAUCGGCACAAGAAGCGAGGGAGAGGAAGAAAGUGUAUGUGAGUGAUAUGGAAUCAAGAGCUAACGAGUUGCAGAACAACAAUGAUGAGCUUGGGGAGAAGAUCUCUACUUUGAUGAACGAGAACACAAUGCUUCGCAAAAUGCUUAUCAACACUAGGCCUAAAGCUGAUGACAGUCACUAGGAUGAUAAAAAUCCUUUAACUAAUCUAAUGUUGUAUGUUUAUCUUUUCGUUUGUAUACAAAUAACAUCAAGUUGCGCAUAACAUUGUCUCACCAAAAAGUUGAUCUUUUUAAAAAUCGGUGGAUAAAAUGUAAUUUUAGAUUUGCAUAAUCAAGAAAGACAAAAGGUAAAGACUUCA